AUGGACCAAAACUUCCCCAUCCAUGUCUCAGCGAAAAGAAAUAGAUCUGACAUUGUGAUCUUCCGGCUAUUUAGACUUGUUUUCAUACUUUUAAGGAUGAUGACUCUGUGCUUGCAGAUGACUAGGUGGGAUGAAAUUCUGACCCUUCCAGUUCAGAACCCAACCAUAUUAGAGUUUUCAGCAGCAGAUAUCACGUGGUCCAUGGUGGAGGGCUGGAAGGACUCAAUGGACAGGCUUGCGCUCAUUCCGUUUUCUAGGGUGGGUGAUUUUGUCAGAGGAGAAUCAAACAGCAAAGCAUGCCCGACAAGAUUCCACGUUGAGGCACGGAGAAGGCGUUCUCCAACCAUGACCUGCAAACCAAAAGUCGACGGGAUACUUGAGUAUAUUCUGUAUUGGUGUUCUUUUGGUCCGGAUGAUUAUAGAAAGGGUGGUGCUGUCCGGCCUAGCAGAUCCUCUUGCGGAAAGAGGAAAACACCCGCUGGUCGCCCUAAUACAAAGAGGGGGUGUGUUUGCCAUUUUAUUGUGAAGCGUUUGAUCGCUGAACCAUCAUUGGCUCUUGUGAUAUAUAACCACAACAAGCAUGUAGAUAAGAAAGGCACACCAUGUCAUGGUCCCAUGGACAAGAUGGCUGUAGGGACGAAGGCAAUGUUUGCACCUUACAUAUCGGAUGAAUUACUCCUUGAAGUUAUGUCUUUGCUCUAUGUUGGUAUUCCUGUUGAGACCAUAAUGCAGAGACAUACUGAAAUGGUUGAAAAGCAAGGAGGACCAUCAAAUCGUGAUGAUCUUCUUACUCACAGAUAUGUUAGGAGGCUGGAAAGAAAAAUGCGGCGUUCUGUUUAUGAACUUGAUGAUGACGAUGCUGUUAGUAUGAACAAAUGGGUUGAAAAUAACCAGGACUGUGUAUUUUUCUAUGAAGAUUUUUCCGAUAAUGAUACCUUUGUCUUGGGCAUUCAGACAGAUUGGCAGCUACAGCAGAUGAUUCAGUAUGGCAACCGCAGUUUACUGGCUUCUGAUUCAAAGUUUGGAACAAACAAGUUAAAGUAUCCUGUACAUAGCAUCCUUGUUUUCGACCAGCAGAAAAAUGCAAUUCCUGUUGCUUGGAUCAUCACUCCCAAUUUUACACAUGGUGAGAUAUAUAGAUGGAUGGGUGCUCUAUAUGAUCGGGUUCGUACAAAAGACCCGACAUGGCAGUUGGGUGGCUUCAUUAUUGAUGAUCCCUUGACCGAUGUGCGCACUAUGAGGGAAGUGUUUCAGUGCCCGGUGUUGAUUUCCUUAUGGCGUGUCCGUCACGCUUGGCAUAAAAAUUUGAUGAGCAAGUGUUCAGAUUUUGAGAGGCGUUCAAUGAUGGCUAAACGACUCGGGGAGGCAAUAUCCAGCAUCUGCAGAGGAAAUGGUGAUACAGAAUUAUUUCAGGCCUUCCUGGAAGAUUUUAUUGAUUGCUCUGGCUUUGUGGACUACUUCAAAGCUCUAUGGUUUCCAAGACUUGGGGCAUGGACAGCCGUCCUGAAGACCAACCCGUUGGCUACUGCUGAGGUAGCUUCAGCAAUUGAGAGGUACCAUCACCUGCUAAAACUUCGUCUGUUGAAUGAGGCAGAUGAAAGUAUCUACCAGCGUGCAGACUGGUUGGUUCAUAAGUUGGGUACGAAGGUUCACUCUUACUACUGGUUGGAUGAAUUUUCUGGGAAGGACAGUUUCUCUCGUUACUGGAGGAGUGAGUGGAAAACUGGCCCAAACCCAUGGCAGCAGGGAUUGCAAAUUCCGGAUUCUGAUAUUGUAAUUGAAGGCAAUUGUGCUAGAGUCGUCUGCCAGAAGCACAAGGAGAAGUCCCAUGCCAUACUGAACCCAGGUUCUGAGCUUGCAUUGUGUGACUGUAGCUGGUCAAGGAAGGGAAACCUUUGCAAGCAUGCAAUGAAGUCUGCUAAGGUUUGCCGUGACAGGGGAUUGGCGCCGCCAUCUUUGGCGCUGCUUCGCUACUACCAGGCACUGGCAAAUGUUGUUCAUUGCCCACCCAGUGACUCUGUGAUAUGCGACCAUGCAAUCGCGGUGGCAGUUUCUGUGAGAACACAGUUAGAUGCGUUGCUUGCCGCCACCAACGGCAGUUCUCCAGAUACCUCACUUUUCAAGGGUCCACAAUCAACCAGUGACACUGAACCCAGAGAACCUGAUGUUCGGGAAGCCAACAUUGAAACUGGCAGUGAAGUUCCCGCUGAUGAGGAUAGUGACGAGGACAGUCCUGCCUGCAAGAGAAGGAAGUCUAGAGGGGCAUCUUAUGAAGAGGAAACCGCUGCAGCGACGCAAGCCGCGCAGGUUUCUGAAGCUGAGAGCAGUCAAGCGACUUCUGUACGGGAACUUGAUCACUGUCAGGAUAGUCCUGCUUGCCAGGAAAGAGUGCGCAGAGAAACUGCUGACGGUGAUGAAGGAACUGCAGUGUUGGAAAUUUCUGAUGACGAGGAAGAAACUGCAGUGGAGCAAAUCACGCAACCUUCUGAAAGUGAGAACAGUCAAGCGACCUGUGUGCAGGAACUUGAUCGUGCUCAGGAUAGUCCCGCUCACCAGGAAAGAGUGGGCAGAUAA